AAAUAAAGUGAGAAAAUGCCAAUCUUUUUCUGGAAGGUCUCUUCUAAGUAGGUGAACCACGUGUUCUUUGUGAAUGCAUGUUUCACUUCUUUGUAGUUCAUCAGUAAAGAAUUUGUUAUAUAAUCUACGGCUAUUUGCUUGCUAAGUUUAUGUAAGCUACUUUUACUAGCCUUUUAAUGGCUAUCCUCGUACCAAGUCUAGUCUUUUACUCACUGUUGUCUGUAACUGAUACUGUCGCUGGUCGUAUUCUGAGGCUUAAUGCUUCAGAUAAUUCAAUCUCUGAUGGGGUUGAUGCUGAUGGGAUUCACCCUCCAUUUCUCAACUCCGGGAGAGCUCUUCCCCUCGUCACUAGCAACUGCGUGCAUAGUUAUGGCUUCUUCCCAUGUGCAGACAACAUAGGGGGCUAUAUUUUUCAGAUAGUUGUUUAUCAGUAUUUGUUGAUCAUUGGAGGAAAGCUAAUCGGCCGAGGGAGCAAGGCACUCUUCAACAUCUUAGGUACCGGUGUUUAUGGUGCUAGUGUUUUUCGUAUACUCGCAGUGUUGCCAAAGAUAGCUAUGGUAAUUGUAUCUGGAGUUCUGAAGAGCAAAGAGAGUGCUCAAGAGUCAGUUUCAUCCGGGGUAGGCGUAUAUGCUGGAUCCACUGUCUUCAAUCUUACUAUAGUGUGGGGAAUGUGUGUGAUAUUUGGCAGAAAAGAGUUUCUUGCUGAUAAGUCUGCUGCUGCUCAUCAUCAUUCCUCAGCUUGGCUGUUCAAACAAAAAAUAUCACAGUUGAAAGAUACAGGAACAACACUCGACAAAAAGACAUGUUACACUGCUGGAAUCAUGCUUCUGUCCUUGAUCCCUUACAUUAUAGUGCAAGUGGCCAAUGUCUUCGACUCAUCAUUUGGGACACAAAUGGUGAUCUUGAUCGCCCUCGUCGUUUCAACGCUGAUGCUGCUCUCAUACUUCUUGUAUCAGAUUUUUGAUCCUUGGAUCCAGGAAAGGAGUUUGGAGUAUUCCAAGUAUGAGAAUCUGCUUGUGGGAUUUCUGCAGCACGUGCAGAGGCACGCGAAAGAGAAGCUCGUUGAUGACAGCGGCCAACCUAACAUCCCAGUCAUUAAAGGGUUAUUUGAUCAGACAGACCAAGAUGCUGAUAGAUGCAUAACGUUACAUGAAUUAGAAAAACUGAUUCAGGAGAUUCAGUCUGGGAAAGUGGAAGUGGAGAAAGGUUAUGCCAUUUCAGAAAUGUUGAAAACCUUUGAUCUCAACCGAGAUGGAAGAAUCGAAGAAGACGAGUUUGUAGAGGGAUGCACGAAAUGGAUAAAUGAAGCCUCGCGCCUAGCUGAGAAGGGUGAUUCCAAGAAGAAAAAAAUUGAAGGAAAGGCUGAAAUUGAGCAUCUAAUGGCAAGGAUAUUGAAGCACGCCCACAGGGAAGAGCUUGAAGCAGAACAUCUUGUCACAGAUGAUGGAAGGCCUAAUAUGGAGCGAAUCAAAGCUCUGUUCAACCAAUUCGACAGAGACAGAAGCAACUCGCUGUCGCGGCCUGAGCUGGAACAGUUGAUUCGUACUAGUACAGUGACAAGCGGAGGAGAUUCACAGCUGCAUCAUCAAGAAAUGGUGAAGAAGUUGGUCAAGGAUUUCGAUAAGGAUGGCGAUGACAUUGUUGACGAACAAGAAUUCGUUCAUGGAAUGACUAAAUGGCUUAACAAAGCCAUGGAUGUGACCAAAUGCAAAGAUGCAAAGAGAUCAAUUGAUGAAUUUGACAAGAUUAUGUGGGGAGAAGUUGACAAUCUAGUGUAUGAAGGUGGUGGGAAUGAGAGUAGGCGUUUGAAGGUAUUGACAUGGGGUUCAAGCAAAUCCAUAUUCCAAGUGAUGUUAGGCAUUGCUAUAGUGACAUUUCUCUCUGGACCUCUCAAGACCAGCAUCCAACAAUUCUCACACGCCAUCGGCGUGCCUGCCUUCUUCGUCUCCUUCGUCGUCGUCCCCAUUUCCUUGAAUGCACUCUCAGCAAUAUCAGCAAUAUUCCCAGCAAGCCAGAAGAGCUCAAGAACCUCUUCUUUGACAUUUUCAGAGAUAUAUGGUGGGGUGGUGAUGAACAACAUCAUGGGAUUGUCAACACUUUUGGCUAUUGUAUAUAUAAAGGGAUUGAAAUGGGAUUAUUCAGCUGAGGUGCUGACAAUUUUGGUGGUUUGUGCAAUAAUUGGAAUUCUUGCAUAUUCACAAACUACAUAUCCACUGUGGACAUGCUUCUUGGCUUUUUUCCUCUACCCAUUCUCCUUGCUAAUGUAUUAUGUUUUUCAAUAUGUGUUAGGCUGGAAUUAAUGUAUGUAGACUGUACUUGUCUCAUUUGUGUAAUUUUACUAUGUGGAACAAGUUUAACAAAAUAUGUUGGAAAUAAAAAGUAACAUUAUAUAUAUGAAA